UGUUGCGCAGCGUGGAAAUUUGACGUGUGUGGAGCACACGCAUUGCACACAUGCACACGCACAUUACACUACAGUAGAAAGCCAACGUGAGCGUGCUGUUUGUUGUGUGAUUGCGUGUGACAGACUUUGACAGUGCCUUCGGUAAAGCCCUCCAGCCCCCCGGCCGGCUGCGGCUCCCGGCUGACACACGGACUUCAUUCACACUGCCAGGUCCGGACUCCUGGAACUUCCAAAAAGGGGGACAAAAGAAAGAAACAACGAAGUACAGUCAUUUUUGGAUCGUAAGCGAUGCUCUGGCAGCAUGGCCAAGUGGUUCAAGGAGCACCUCGGAUUCAAAACUACCAAAGCACCCCCUCCGGCGCCCCCGAAGCCGGACUACCGACACUGCCUCACCGGUGUGCCCGGCGCGCCUGGCUUCCAAACGGGGGCCACUUUCACGCUGAGCCCUGCUCAGCCGGACAUUCUUGCCGCGUACAAACUCCAAAAGGAGCUGGACUUCGAGGACCCGUACACUCCCGACGGAAAUAUCGCGUUCGCAGUGGGAUCGCCGGACAUCAAAUACGUGUCACCGAAGCACCGACUCAUCAAGGUGGAGACGGUGGAGAAGACCAACCCGGCGCCCGGUACUGGUGGUGGAGGAGGCGGUGCUGUGGUGGUCGCUCAAGCCGUCGCUGUGAGCGGCGUGAAAUCUCCCACGUCACCCCCCACGGAGCAGGACAGCAAGGAGAAGCUCAUUAUCCUGGAGGACUACGCUGAUCCUUUUGAUGCCGAGCAGGUCGGCGGCACACAGGCCAGCACGGAGAAAGUGACCACCGAGAACGACGGAUACAUGGAGCCCUACGAGGCCCAGAAGAUGAUGGCAGAAAUCCGAUCCGGCGGUCGCGGGUCUAAGGACGGAGGCAACAAGCAGCUUCCCUUGUACGACACCCCGUACGAGCCCACGGAGAACGGUGGAGACUCAGACCCCGAACGCUCGCGCUGCCCUCGAGAGAGUCGACUGCCUCAGGACGAUGAGCGGCCGCCCGAAGAAUAUGACCAACCCUGGGAGUGGAAGAAGGAGAGAAUUUCCAAAGCCUUUGCAGUAGAGAUUAAAGUGAUCAAGGACCUUCCGUGGCCCCCUCCGGUGGGGCAGCUCAACAGCAGCUCUCCCCUGGUGGAGGAGCUGGAGUCGCCCUCGCAGACGGCUCAACCCCCGCCCGGACAAGGCGCCGGUGAGCAGCACCACCAGGUUCAGUUUGAUGGCAUGGAGAAGUCUCGAAUGUCGCCCACCAAGGACGGGAAAACCCGCCCGCUGCAGCGGCACUCCAGCGGCUGCUUGGUUAACACCAAAAUGUCGUCGGCCGAGCAACCCGGCUCCUCCGUGGGGGAACGCAUCGAUCCCAGCAUGGCCUUGGAAAGCCAAUUCUGGUACCACGGCGCCAUCAGUCGGACGGAUGCAGAAUGUUUGCUGCGAUUGUGCAAGGAGGCGAGCUACCUGGUGCGGAACAGUGAAACAAGCAAGAACGACUACUCCCUCUCACUUAAGAGCAGCCAGGGUUUUAUGCAUAUGAAGCUGUCCAGGACCAAAGAGAACAAGUAUGUCCUGGGCCAGAACAGUUGCCCCUUCGACAGUGUGCCCGACAUCAUCCACUUCUACUCCAGCCGCAAGCUGCCCAUCAAGGGGGCCGAACACAUGUCCCUGCUGUACCCCGUGGCCAUCAGGACUCUAUAGUACCCCACCCAAACCAAAACCCCCAUAACAGAAAGGGAAAUCCCAAAACUGCUGAUUCUGACUCACCUCACUGGUUGACAGAUUCCCAAAGAUCUGUCUUUUAUGCAGGAGUUACUUUUGUUUAUUUAUGACCGACACACGCUUACUUCCUUUUUUGGGCGUUCCCACGGAGAGGAUACACUUUGUCCCGGCUGUUCAUCUGGAAAACUUAGGUUUUCUGAAAGGUUAAUACUAAGGAUGGGCAAUUGGGUUGUCUUAGGGUGUAUUCAGACCAGAAAAGUCUUUUAGUCCGCUUAUUUGGUCCAGACCAAAAGCGGACUUUCGUUUAGUGUGUUUCCUAUUCAGACUAUACAUUUUGCAAGCGAAGUACGUUUUGUAAAAACACCCACGCUUGUGACGAUCUGCAGUCCAACUUUACAAUCUGACCCUGGUCCUUUUAAAGUGGACCAAACAGUCAGUUCUGAAUACAUCCUUAGAGCAUUAUAACGCAACCGGAAAAGGUCGCCAAGGUUUGGGUCUGUAUGAUCUGUGACAAUUAUGAAACAAGAUGUCCGUUUCUGUUCCAGGCUGUUGUCACGCAAGAGAUAACUCUUCAUUGUCGCACCCGAUAGGCUUUAGCGGACUUGUCACAUUGACUUUCUUCUGGUAGUAAACCAGAAGACUCCAUUUUCCUCAAUUACAUUCGGGAUUGGCUUCCAAACUAGCAAACAAAGCCACGACGUAGCCUGAUAACUAAGUUGACCAAAUGGAACCAGUAUCAGAGUUUCGAAGCUAGCACGCCUUAGCCGACAUGUUUAGACAGCAAAACGAGUAGUUGAUGCCGAUGCUGGUUCCAUCAAAGUGCUGCACUUUAUUUUGUCUCCAUCGUGGAAAUCAUCAUGAUCCACUAAUUGUUAACAAGCCCAUCCCUAGUUGAUACUCUAUGCACGUAGAUGUAUUGCAAAGGGGGGGACGUGAAGAAGUCUGAGGCUUUUACGUUGAUCUCUCUUUCACGUCAUCAUCCAUACUCUCGACCAUCAGUCAGCGGGGGGGGGCGUGUUACACCAAUGACAGCGUAAGUGGCAAGACAUUCUGGAGAGAGAGAGCAUGAUGGACGAGUCAGCCCGUCCAACAAGUCAGAGUUGAGGAACUAAAGCCCCCCUUUUAACCCUGGAGCUGUCCCGCCUAAAGCCCCUCCCCCCCCGCCACAACGCCUGCAUUGUCUACCUCAGAAAAUCAAUGCCAUUCAGCCGUCUGUCUGCAGAUCAAUAGGUACAGUGGGACGGCCCGCAUCGAUCCACUCUCUGCUUUCCUUAAAAUCGUAUCAUUCGUUUUGAAUUUGAAAAAGAAAAAAAAAAGCAGAAAAAAAGGACAAUUCAAGCCCGGCUUUGGUGUGUUUUUGUCACUAUUAUGAUGCUGUUUGAUGUCAAACGUUUGGUUGAAGCCUUAUAAUGCAUGGAGAUCAGCUGACUGCAAUCCUGCUUUUGAACGAUUGUUCCCUGACUGUAAUUUAUUGAUGGGCUAAUUAGCGCCCCCAUUUUUUGUUGUGAUCGUGUUCUCCGGGGUGACUCCUGUGGUGCUCUACGUUUUGCUCUUCUUGUGUGCUCGUCACGCCUCGGCCCAAUUCUUCCUGACCAACGGCAGCGCAGUUUAUUGGAACCCCGAUGAACAUUCAAACUGGAACUUUAUGCAUUCAACGAGUCCAUUGUAAAUUCUCAAGAACACUGACAAGUCCUGUGUUGAAGUCACUUCUUGAAUUUUGCUCACCAAGUACACGUUUUUUUUUUUUUUUUAAAUUAAGGAAGAGAACCGAAUUGUGUUCAAUGAUUUCCCUAAAGUGGACCAUUAGAACUUUGACAUUUGACCCUUAUUUCAAUGUUGCCAAUUCGAGUGUUAACAUUGUUACAGCUCCAAAAACAAUACAAGCUCUUCAGUCAUUAGCUUUUAUUUAUUAUUGUCAGCGAAACACCAACCUUUGAUGGAGUUGCUUGGUGAGCAAAUCUGUAAGAAAUGAAAAAUUCAAGAGAAUGGACUGCCGCUAAGUGUGUGCUAUGCAACUGGAGGACUCCCAACUGGUGUUUCAAUGGUACCAACCGUCCCACGGAGGCGAUGAAAACGACUCACCUGUUUAAAAAGUCGAACUGAGGGUCGUCACGGUGAGGUCAACAUCACUGCAGCUUUACUACGACUUAAGAGGACCUAUGAUAGAAAAGAUUUAGAGAAGAUGAAUGUCUACGAAGGUUCUUAAUGACCGCUGCAAACGGGUGUUCUAGACGGGGGAGGCCUUACUAAGCUUUGGAGGAAAUAGACUGCAAUCCACGGAGGACACUCAAAACAUUUCUCUAUGGAAAGCAUCUCUUCUGUCUAAAGUGUCUUAACUUGUGAGCGUGUAUGUGCGGCGUCCCCCUAUGGCCAAAUGUAUAUACUGAAUGUAUCAUAAGCACGGGGGACGCGGAGGCAUCUAAAUAAAAGAAGAAAUCGGGUUUAUUAUAACUAAA